AUGUCGGCCCUACCUAUGGCGGCUCCCCCCAAGAGCCCUCUAGCUCGUUACCGCAUUCUUUCCCCUACAGCCUCUGUCCGAGUAAGCCCAUUGUGCCUGGGUGCCAUGAACUUCGGCGAUGCCUGGAAGGGGUACAUGGGAACAUGCGAUCAGAAGACCGUUGGAGAGAUUCUCGAUUUCUUCUAUGAGCAGGGUGGCAACUUCAUCGAUACCGCCAACAACUAUCAAUUUGAAGAGUCCGAAGCCUGGAUCGGCGAAUGGAUGAAGAAGAGAGGUGUUCGCGACCAGAUGGUUAUCGCGACCAAGUAUACCACCAACUUCCAGGCUGGUCCCAACGCACCCAACAUCAUGGCCAAUUUCACCGGCAACGGAUCCAAAAGCUUGCAUGUCUCUGUCGAGGCCAGCCUGCGCAAGUUGCAGACGAAUUACAUUGACCUGCUUUACGUGCACUGGUGGGACUACUCCACGUCCAUUCCGGAAAUGAUGCAGUCUUUGAACAAUCUCGUCAUUGCCGGCAAAGUUCUGUAUCUUGGGAUCAGUGACACUCCAGCGUGGAUUGUCAGCAAAGCAAACGAGUACGCCAGAAACCAUGGACUUCGCCAAUUCUCGGUCUAUCAAGGCCGGUGGUCUGCUGCUUCGCGAGACUUCGAACGAGAGAUUAUCCCGAUGACCAAGUCCGAGGGUAUGGGCUUGGCACCCUGGGGUUCUCUUGGGGGCGGGGCCUUCAAGACGGAGGAGCAACGUAAUUCUCAAGAGGGCCGCAAAGUCCAAGCAAGUGAAGCACAGAUCAAGAUCAGUCAGGUGUUGGAGAAGAUUGCCAACAACAAGAACACCAUCAUUACUAGUGUUGCUCUGGCGUACGUCAUGCAAAAGGCACCGUACGUCUUUCCCAUAGUUGGCGGUCGCACUCUCAAUCACCUGAAGCAGAAUAUCGAGGCACUUGCCUUGAAUCUGACCGAUGAGGAUAUCAAGGAGAUCGAAGGGGCCGUUCCGUUCGACAUGGGCUUCCCCCACAACUUCUUGUGGGGAGACAAGGUGCCGUCGAAUCCCGGUGAAGUGUGGUUGUUGAACAUGGGAGGAACCUUCGACUACGUUCCCGAGCCCAAGGCAAUCGCACCCAGAGAGGGGGGACAGUAG